AUGAGGCUUUGUUGGAAUGCGGAUGAUUCAGAAAGACCCACGGCCAAACAAAUGCAUGAAAAUUUGGAAGAAUUAUGGAAUAUAAUAAUGGACAACUUGAUUAAUUCGACCAAAUCAAGAGAGAAGUUAAGGGAAUUUUGUAAAUAUUCAUCUUUAGAAGAGUUCGAUGAAGAUCUUGAGGAAUUUAGAAAUAAAUAUUACAGCGUUCAAAAAAAGGAUAAUCAGAUAAAAGUACAUCCGAAGGCAAACUAUACAAGUCAAUCUAUAUCAGAUCUUACGAAAAAUAUUCAUUGGAAUAAGUCUACUCGAG